AUGUCGAACAUCAACCUCCCUCAAGCUCUCCUCAUCUGUUGUGCCAUAACCUUGCUCUCCGCGGCAUCUUCACAUGCUGCGGAGAAGAGAGGGCAUGACCAGCCAUACAGUCACACUGCCGAUCAUUCGCACGCCAUGGAGGCUGUAGAUGAGGGGCUGGGAGGGUCGAGCAGUUUCUUCGCAGGGCUGGUUCGAACGAGUGAGAGGUUGAGGGAAGUGGAAUCGAAGAAAGGAGAGGAGAACAAUGCACAGCUCCUUGCACAGAUGAAGAAAGCAAGACAGAGGCAGUUAGACAAAGAGGUUCAAUCAGAUUACUCUUGGGACCUUGCGGAUGAAAUUAACGAUUCUAAGAUCGCGCCUUCAGACUCUGAAGCUCCGACGGAAUCAAGAGGACGAGGUAGCCGCUCGGCGGAUGAAGUGUUUUGGAGCUAUCGAGGCGAGCAUGGUCCGCAAUCAUGGGGGUCAAGUUUUCCAAAAUGUUCUCAAGAACUGAAAUGGCAGUUUCCUGCCAAUGAAAAUACAAAGAGUGAGAGAGGGGAACAAGAAGGACGCAAGUAUGAGCGACCUCAGCCGCUGUUUAUUCACCUCCCCGUCAACAGCAGGUUUCAGAAUUUGAAGCCCAGGAGAAAAUUGCUUGCAAUGGAAUUAUUCAAUGGACACGCAUUUGAGGUAGAGAGACUCGGAGAGGAGAAACUCUACAUCGAGGGAGCAGCGUAUGACCUGCGGGAAUUCAUCACGCAUACACCAAGUGAGCACUGGGUAGACGGGAAAGGAUUCGACCUUGAGAUACAACUCGUGCAUGUGUUGGACAUGUCAGACUACCAGCAGCCCCGUUCCUCUUCCAACAGCCUCUACGUCAUCGUCUCUCUGCUCUUCUCAGCAGCGGCUGAGGGCGACUGUCCGCCAUUCCUCUUCAAGCUUGCCGACGCUCUUCCUGUACCUGCUGCACUGAAACCCUUCGCGCUUGCUGACUUGACCAAGAAAACAUCCGAGCAGCCGAGGAAACUGAUAGACUCCUUGUCGUUCAAGGAGAUUGCAAGCGAGCUCGGCCCCUACCUCCGAUCUUACUUUCGAUAUGAAGGAAGCCUGACAACU